AUGGUCCAAGGACUGGCACACCCGAAUUCGGCCCAACUGGUGCAGCUUAUGCCCGGCUGGGCCUUGGCACUCGAGAGAUUCUUAUUAACACUAGCGCCAAAGUCGGAGGGUUUGGUAAGCGUACCCGGAAUAUCGAGCCCAAAGCCGUUCAAGUUAACGAGGUCCCAAACCAUCUUAAAGGAUAGGAGUCGUAACGCACGAGUUUCGGGCAGUGGGUUCGCGGGAGGAGCUAUAGCCGUUGUGCCGCUAGGGCGCAAACCAAUACCGGUGGCGUUGAAAGGCCAAAAGCGGCAUUACGCUCACUUUAAAGCUGCUGCUAUUGCGCAUUACAAUUAA